GCGUCCUCUCCCGCGGCACGAUGUCCGUCUCUCGCUCCUCCCGCUCCGCGCUCGGGCUCUUCCGCCGAUUGGCGGUGACCCCCGGCGCGCCCGCGCGCGUCUCCAGCCCCGCGGCGUGGGCGAUGGCCGCGCCGCUGUCGACGAUGGCGAACGGCCGCGCGUCCAUCGCCGCGGCGUCGUCCUCGAUGCGAUCGGGGAUCGCGAACGUCCUCGGGUUCGCCGCGGUCGCGACGACGCGAUCCAUCGCGACCGAGACGCUCCGUCCCCUCGACUCUUUCGAGCGCAGGCACAACUCCGCGACCAAGGAGGAAGAGAUCGAGAUGGCCAAGUACGUCGGCUUCGACUCCAUGGACGCGCUCGUGGACGCGACCGUCCCGACGGACAUCCGCCGCGCCGGGGAGAUGGACAUGGGCGAGUGGACGUCGCCUCUCUCGGAGAGCGAGUACCUCGCGCGAUUCAAAGCGAUGGCGUCCAAAAACAAGGUAUUCAAGUCCUACCAGGGCACGGGGUACUACGGCACGCACGUCCCGCCGGUGAUCCUGCGCAACGUCCUGGAGAACCCGGGAUGGUACACGCAGUACACGCCGUACCAGGCGGAGAUCUCCCAGGGCAGGCUCGAGUCGCUCCUCAACUACCAGACGAUGAUCAGCGACCUCACCGGCCUCCCCAUGGCCAACGCGUCGCUUCUCGACGAGGGCACCGCCGCCGCGGAGGCGAUGACGAUGUGCAGCGCGAUGAACCGCGGCAAGAAGCCCAAGUUCCUAAUCUCGGACAAGUGCCACCCGCAGACGAUCGCGGUGUGCGAGACGCGCGCGGACGGCCUCGGCCUCGAGGUGGUCGUCGCCGCGGAGUCGGAUUUCGACUACGCGUCCAACGACGUCUGCGGGAUUCUGCUGCAGUAUCCCGCCACCGACGGCGCGGUGAUCGACUACUCCCCGGUCGUGGAGAAGGCGCACGCCGCGGGCGCCAAGGUGGUCGCCGCCGCGGACCUCCUCGCGCUGACCGUGCUGCGCCCCCCCGGGGAGUGGAAGGCGGACAUUUGCAUCGGCAGCGCGCAGCGGUUCGGCGUCCCCAUGGGCUUCGGAGGGCCGCACGCGGGAUAUCUCGCGACGUCGCACGAGUACAAGCGCCUGAUGCCGGGGCGCAUCAUCGGCGUGUCCGUGGACGCGCAGGGCGAGCCCGCGUUGCGAAUGGCGAUGCAGACGCGCGAGCAGCACAUCCGGAGAGAUAAGGCGACGUCGAACAUCUGCACCGCGCAGGCGUUGCUCGCGAACAUGGCUGGGCUCUACGCCGUCUACCACGGGCCGGAGGGGUUGAAAAACAUCGCCGACAAGACGCACGCGCUCGCGUCCAUCUUCGCCGCGGGCGCGAAGAAGCUCGGGUUCACGCCGCCCACCGAUCCGUUCUUCGACACCGUGUCGCUCGGGUGCCCGAACGGCGCGGACGCGGCGGUGGAGGCGUGCCGAGCGAAGGGCAUCAACAUUCGCAAGCUGGACGCGUCGCGCGUCGCGGCGUCGUUCGACGAGACGACGACGCCGGCGGACGUGGACGACCUCUUCGCCGCGAUGAACGGCGGGAAGGCGCCGGACUUCUCCGUGGCGUCCCUCGCCGGCGGCGUCUCCCCCGCGAUCGCGCCGGGGCACGGGCUCGAGCGCACGUCGCCAUACCUCACGCACCCGGUGUUCAACGCCUAUCACAGCGAGCACGAGAUGGUGCGGUAUCUCGCGCGUCUGGAGCAGAAGGACUUAUCGCUCGUGCACUCGAUGAUCGCGUUGGGGUCGUGCACGAUGAAGCUCAACUCGACGACGGAGAUGAUGCCCGUGACGUGGCCAGAGCUCGCGAACAUCCACCCGUUCGCGCCGAAGGAGCAAACGCAGGGGUACCAGGAGCUGUUCGACGCGCUCACGGAGCAGCUCGUCGAAAUCACCGGCUUCGACGGGAUGUCUCUGCAGCCCAACAGCGGCGCGAGCGGCGAGUACGCCGGCCUCAUGGCGAUCCGCGCGUACCACCAGUCCCGCGGCGAUCACCACAGGAACGUGUGCAUCAUCCCCGUGAGCGCGCACGGCACGAACCCCGCGUCCGCGGCGAUGGUGGGCUACAAGAUUGUCGUCGUCGGCACGGACGAGGCGGGUAACAUCAACAUCCCGGAGCUCAAGGCGGCGGCGGAGAAGCACAAGGAUAACCUCGCGGCGCUCAUGGUGACGUACCCGUCCACGCACGGCGUGUACGAGGACGGCAUCAAGGACGUCUGCGACACCAUCCACAAGUACGGCGGCCAGGUGUACAUGGACGGCGCGAACAUGAACGCGCAAGUCGGGCUCACCUCGCCGGGGUUCAUCGGCGCCGACGUCUGCCACCUUAACCUGCACAAGACGUUUUGCAUCCCGCACGGCGGCGGCGGGCCGGGGAUGGGGCCGAUCGGCGUGAAGAAGCAGCUCAUGCCGUUCAUGCCGAACCAUCCGAGCGCGGAGCUCGACGGCGCGAUCGUCGCGGGCGGGGAGACGCCGUUCGGGGUGGUCUCCGCGGCGCCGUACGGGAGCGCGUUGAUUCUUCCGAUUUCCUUCGGGUACAUCGCGAUGAUGGGAUCCAAGGGGCUCACUAACGCGUCCAAGCGCGCCAUCUUAAACGCGAACUACAUGGCGAAGAGGCUCGAGGACCACUACCCGGUCUUGUUCAAGGGGAAGAACGGCACGUGCGCGCACGAGUUCAUCCUCGACUUGAGGCCGCUGGGGGACUCGAGCGGCGUCGUCGUCGAGGACGUCGCCAAGCGUCUGAUGGAUUACGGGUACCACUCCCCGACGAUGUCUUGGCCCGUCUCCGGGACGCUCAUGAUCGAGCCCACGGAGUCGGAGUCGAAGGCGGAGCUCGACCGGUUCUGCAACGCGAUGAUCGCGAUCAGGGAGGAGAUCCGCGACAUCGAGAACGGCGCGAUGGACAGGGAAAACAACCCGUUGAAGCACGCGCCGCACACCGCGUCCGUCGUCAUGGGCGACGAAUGGGACCGCCCGUACAGCCGAGAGACGGCGGCGUUCCCGGCGCCGUGGGUGCGCGCGUCGAAGUUCUGGCCGACGAACAGCCGCGUCGACAACGUGUACGGCGAUCGUAACCUCGUCACGACGCACGCGUCCGUGGAGGUGUCCGCGGAGGAGACGGCGUGAGCGGCGUGAGCGACCGAGCGACUCGGCUUCGCGGUCGGGCGCGAUUCGUUUCGUUUUUUUCGUCUAUGAGCGACGACGACGGCGGGUCGUCCGGGAAGCGACGACCGGAGGAGGUUGGGGGUGAUGCGAUGCUGUACGAGUACUCGUGAACGCGGCGGGACGCGUUGAUUGUUUUUUGUGAAUAUCCAAACGCAUGUUCGUAGAGAAG